AUGGAUCAAAUAUAUGAUCGUAUUCCUUCUCUUCUAGAAAGUAAUUCUGUUGCCGACAAUUUGGCGGCUCUGAGGGCACUAGAUGAGUUGAUUGGUGUUACUCUAGAGGAGGGUGCUUCUAAGGUCUCAAAAUUUUCUAAUUGCUUGCGAACUGUAUUUGAGGUAAAGCGUGAUCAUGAAGUUCUCGUUCUUGCUAGUAAAGUACUAGGUCAUCUAGCCCGUGCAGGGGGCACAAUGACUGCAGAUGAAGUCGAGCGUCAGGUUUGUUGGUUCCUUUGGAAUGUCUUGGAUUCUGAUUUUCUUUAAAUUAGACUCAUCAAUUAAAUGAUAAUGAUCAGGUGAAAACUGCAUUGGAUUGGCUACGGGGCGACAGGAUAGAGCAUCGCCGUUUUGCUGCUUGUCUUAUUUUAAAAGUAAGUUUAAUGAUGUUCAAAAUUUGAUUGCUGCCUCCUAGUCGUUUUUGUCAUCUUUCAAUGUGUGUGGUUGUCACCUUCUAAUUGAUGGACUAUUCUGAAAAACUGUUUACUGUAGUUGAUCAAGAUUUUUUAUUGUUAUGCACUUUUUGCUGGUCCAGCUUAAUAAUAUUUACUUGUUCUUCUCCUAUAGGAAAUGGCAGAAAAUGCCUCAACAGUUUUUAAUGUUCACGUGCCUGAAUUUGUUGAUGCCAUAUGGGUUGCUUUGAGGGAUCCAAAAUUGUUUGUUCGGGAACGAGCUGUAGAGGCUUUGCGAGCCUGUCUUCGUGUCAUAGAGAAGCGUGAGACAAGAUGGCGAGUGCAAUGGUAUGCUAGCUAUUUGAGAGCUGUAAUAUUAUUAUCUGUGAGGAUAAUCAUCCGUGGUUGUGCACCUGUUUCUCUGCAGUGUGGUUUUUUUUGCCUGGAUUUUAGUCUUUGCAAUAGAAAAAUGUGUUCUGAGUGUUUUUUUGGUUUCGUCUGCAUUUUUGCUAAUGAGAUAUUACCCUUGGACUUCAUAAUAUCUCGUUUCUUUUCCCGUUGAACCUUUGUGCAUUCUUCCAUUAGGUAAGGAAUCCUCAUGGUCUUGGCUUUUGGAUGUUAUACAAAUAAAAAAAUUCGUUCCGUUUCAUUUUUUUUGCUAUGACAGUUUGUCUGUUGAUAUCACUUUUGUUUUGGAUUAUUUUGAAUGUAAGGUAUGCUGGAAUUUCUAAUUUUUCCUGUAACUGUGCCUGUUGGUUGAUUUAUUCAGAUUGUUACUAGUUUAUGUGAUCGUUCUGACUUUAGCAUCUUCUAAGUUGUUUUUCCGUUUCAUUUAUGUGUUGACUUUCUUCGUGAGUCCAAGUAAUUUAUGUAGAGUUUUUCUCACAACCUCAAGUGGCAAGUUUUUAUAUGGAGCAACUUCGUGGUUUGAGUAUGACAGAUCUCCUCUUUCUCUUGAUGUCUGAACGUUUUUAUCUAGUUUUCUUUCUGUUGUUACACCCUUGGUACUUGCUUCUUUGUUCUGUAACUUUUUUAGUCUAAUCUAUGUAUCCUCUCUUUGACAAGGUAUUAUGUGAUGUUUGAAGCCACACAAGAUGGGCUGGGAAAAAAUGCAUCGGUUCCCAGUAUUCAUGGUUCAUUGCUUUCUCUUGGAGAGCUGUUGAGGUAAAUUAACUUUAUUUCAUGUCAGUUGUAUAUGGUUAGGCUAUCUUAUAGAAAAUGUGUUACUUUUCAGGAACACUGGGGAAUUUAUGAUGUCAAGGUACAGAGAGGUGGCGGAUAUCUUUCUGAGAUACAUGGAUCACCGGGACCCACUCGUUCGUCUGAGCAUAACGUCGUUGCUCCCUCGUAUUGCACAUUUUUUGCGUGACCGUUUUGUCACCAACUAUUUGAAGGUUUAUUUGUGUCUUUUAUUCUUUAAAGAUUUCUGGAAUUGACUGGAACAGAACUUUGUUGAUUUUUUUUAAGAACCUUGUCACAUAUUCCAUUCGCUCAUUUGUAGUUCGUACCAAUGGGUAAACUAGGUAACUGCAUAAGUGUUUUCUAGAUUGUAUCUUUUUUUCUCAUGUCUUGAUUGGAUAUCGUUUUCAAUAUAGAUUUGCAUGGACCACAUUUUAGCUGUCUUGCGCAACCCAGCUGAACGUGCCAGUGGGUUCAUAGCUCUUGGAGAAAUGGCUGGUGCGCUGGAUGGGGAACUAGUUCAAUAUUUGCCUACAAUCACUUCGCACCUGCGCGAGGCUGUAUGUUAUUACCAUUUUCUUUAAAUCUUGUGCUGUCCUCAAUUGUUAUUGCCAUCUAAUUGUUCUUACUUAUUGUAUGGCCACAGAUUGCCCCACGAAGGGGUAAACCUUCCCAAGAGGCAUUGGCUUGUGUGGGGAGCUUUGCAAACGCCAUGAAGACUGCAAUGGAACCUCACGUACGUGCUUUACUAGAUGCCAUGUUCUCUUCUGGUCUUUCUCCCACUCUAGUCGAAGCACUUGAACAAAUCACUGUCAGGUAUGCCAUAUUCUUCACUGCUUCCUUAAGUAUAAUUUUCUCUUUCUUUCUUACUGCAUAGAUGUUCCUUGAACUGCAACGUCAUGUUUUCUUUCAGUAUUCCAUCAUUACUGUCAAAUGUGCAAGAGCGGCUACUGGAUUGCAUUUCUUUGGCACUUUCGAGGAUCCCUUAUCCACAGGCUAGGGGUUCUGUUGCGAUAGGUACUGGUCGUGUAAAUAUCACGAACCAUGCCCAGCAAAUGUCAGAGAUUGGCAGCUCAUCUCUCACUCAACUUGCUUUAAGAACAUUAGCUCAUUUCGAUUUCAAGGUUUGUCAUAUGUUUAACUAUUUAACCUAUACUUGCUAUUUGAUAAAUUCUCAGGAAAAAAAUGAAUUAUUAUUAAUAUUAUUUUAAUUUAGUGCAAAUGUGCCUCCCUAUGGUGAAAAGUACUAAUUUGAGUUGUUUGCAGGGUCACGAGCUUCUUGAAUUUGCUAGAGAAUCUGUUGUUGGCUAUUUAGAGGAUGAGGAUGGAACAACACGGAGAGAUGCUGCUCUUUGUUGCUGUAAAUUAAUUGCGAACUCUUUUACUGUAAUGACUGGCUCUCAGUUUGCAUCAAGUCGGUCCACUCGAAAUAAUGGUGGAAGACGCCGCCGCCUCACUACUGAAGAGGUUUGAAAUAUUGCACAAGCUUUUCUCAUUUAGAUGAUCUCCAUGAACAUGAUUUUUUUCGUUUUUAAUUCCAUAGCUCUCCAAACUAUUGGCGUUUUUUUAAAAAAGUUGGACUUUAUAAACAUGAGAACAUCAACCACAUGUGACUAGAUUUGCUAGUUCCAGGAGCUGAUGACCGGUACAAUCAUAUCGAUAGGAAAGAGUACAAUGGGCAUUGACCCAACCUUAUGAGUAUUUGGACACUAAGAGCUAGAAUCGUUCAAAAAGCUUCCAAGCCCGCCUUCCACCCACCAAGUAAGGGAAUGUGACGCGGUAGCUUGAGGAAGAUGCUAUCGAUCCUGAAAACCCUUGCCUUCCUAUGAAGGUCGUUAUUAAUGGGCCAUUUAUGAUGAAAGAAAAUACGAGUACUCAAGAGUCAUACCACUUAACUCUGUUGAAUCACCAUCCCAAGAUAUCCUUAACUGAGUUUGAUCUUACAAUGUUUUUGCUUUUUCGUUCAUUUUUUCUAAAAGCUUCAAGCAUAUUGGAUGUUAAAUAUUUUGCUUAUUUCAAGCACGUUUUUGUUCAUGAUUGUGAUUGCUGGAAAGUAUGUUCUCUACCUUUUUUUUAGUCAACCUUGUUAAGUAGAAUGAUUUCUCCACAUGAAUUCAAUCAAAAAUAUGAUUUUGCCCAUGGAAGUAUAUAGACUUUAAGAAUGUUUCUGACAAUUCAUUUAUAUGUUCCAGACUACUGCGCCGAUGAAAACUUAAAAGCUUAUGGUCCUGGAUGAAAAAUCUGCAUGUAAUUGCCAUUUUAAUAUUGAAAUGUUGGACAGUGAUUAUAUUGGCUUGCGUAGUUUGAAAAAGGUGAUCUAUUGGGCAAAUGAAUUUGUUCGGUUCAAACAUACUUUCAAGCACUAUCAAUAGAAGUGCUAUCAGAUUGGGCAAAUAUAAUAACAAAUAUACCCACACCUCGUUUGAAAUUUUCACUUACAUUCAAAAGUGUGGAGAAGUUAUACUUCACUAUUUUGAUUCUUGUGGAAAAAGUACAGGGAUGAAACGUGGAUGCAGACAUUUACAUUGCUUAAUCUUACUGAGGCCAGAUUCACGUGAUCUUAUGAUACAUUUUAUUUGCAAAAUGUGAUUUAUUAUUUCAAUUGAAAUUCUAUGUUGUGAUUGAAUACUGCGGAUCAGAUUCAUCAUGAGAAACUGAAAUCGUCUGGUUCAUCUAAAACAAUCGAUCUUAUGAUAUCUGAUCAAUCACCUUUGAAAACGAGCACCUCAUUAUUAACAAGUGUAGUGAAAUAUUUAAACCCACAGACUCUUGUGAUCUAGAAAUUUGCAUUCUAGGUUGGACUUUUUUGGAUGGUUAGGAGUGGUUACUGGUGAACUUUCCCUCAUAAAAAGAUUGUUGCAAGACUGAGAUGAAGAAAAUUAACGGAGAAGGAAAUUUACUAAUCUGUCUUGUCUUUAUCUAUACCCUUGGAACUAAAGUAAGAUAUUCUAGUGUAGUGCAAGACAUUUGUUCCCGUUAUUCUUGGGGAAGUCGUCCUUUACGGUUGGCCUAUAUUUUAAAUUGCCUUGGUGAUGUCCAGGGCAUCUUUGACUUGAUUGGGAAGCAGCAUAUCAUGCACAGUGUAUUGAAUAUCUUCAGAAUUACAAUAGGUGUGUUUGCAGGAAUUGGUGUAAUGUUUCUUUAUUGAAAGCUUGGCAUACUGAUUUCCUCCCGUUUCUAUUCGUCAUUGUUUCAAGCAUCGGUCAAUCAAGACACUUGCGUCAUUAGCUAACUAAUCCUGGUUUUGAUGGCUAAUUCUGAUUGAUCGUAUCUUUUGGCAACGAAUUUGGAUUGGCUUCUUUCUUAAAUACUGUAGUUAAUUUCGUCCUUUUGAAGCCUUGAUGUAUAAAUGCAUUUUUUUCUAACUGGAGCUGUAGGUAGUUCAUGUCAACAUCUAUUACAUCUGCAUACAUUUACGUGCUACAUGAUAUCAUCUUGUGCAUAACACUGCAAGUGCAUUCUAGGAAUGUUUCAACUAUCCCAUCCUUGCUAGCAGCUUUGGGUGUUGUUUUGCAUUCAUUACUUAUUCUUAAUCUUUAGUAUUCUGACUUGGGGAAAAACAUUUUUUCUUUGCAUUUCUUUUGUACUUUCUUGAAGUUUGAUCGUUUCUGCAGAUUGUGGAGAAACUUCUAAUUGCAGCUGUUGUGGAUGCCGAUGUUAUCGUCAGGCAAUCAGUAUUUCAGUCUAUGGAAAAGAAUAGUGGUUUUGAUGAAUACUUGGCGCAGGCUGAUAGUUUGAGUGCAAUUUUUGUUGCUUUAGAUGACGAGGUAUUAAUCUUUGAAACCAGAUGUUUGUCCACUGUUGAUUUAAUGUGCUUUCACUUUUCUAAUAUCUAUGACAAACAGUGUGAUCCUUGAAACUGUUUUUUUUCUAAAUGUACACGACAGAGUGAGAUAUUUAUGUUUGCUUAUGAAUUGUUUCUUGAAAUAUCUUUUUGUCAGGAUUUCACCGUUCGUGAGCUAGCAAUACUGAUUGCUGGGCGAUUGUCUGAAAAGAAUCCUGCCUAUGUUCUACCAGCACUUCGUCGACAUCUCAUUCAACUUUUGACUUACCUCAAACAAAGGUAAGAGGGAAAUUUAUCAUUUUUUUCUGCUGCAUCUUUCUUACCUAGCUUUUUUUCGUGGGUUGGGGAGGGGAGGAGCUGUGUGUUAACAUAAUGAAAGCUAGCAGUGUUUUGAUGAGAGGAUUAUGACUGGAGGAGGAUAAAUGAACAAAUGGUUUAUGUAUGGAAGGCAAAGAGAAUUGUGCUGGGAAAGUCCUGAACAGAUUCUCCUCGUAGAAAUAAGAUUUAUUUCAGCACUUGGUUAAUGAACACUCCCAUUGAAGGCAGUGGUAUUCUACGACCACGUUUAUUUUAAUCUAUUCUUGUUGUUCUUUAUACAAGUCGCUAAAAACUGGUUUUCUCUUUUUAUUCGUCAAAUUGUGUGGUAUAAAGUGCACAAUGUUAGAGUGCGGCCUGGAUUUAAAGUUUCAGGAAAACAAGUAUUAAGACUAGUUUCACGUGCUUAUCUCACAUCAGGAAAAUAAAUCUAAAGACCUGUUAUUUAUGUUUAUUUCAAAUUCAUGAGUGUAAGUAGAGGAAACCAUGAUUUUCUUCACUUCUUGUGUUAGCAGUGCAGAUAAUAAAUGCAGAGAGGAAAGUGCAAAACUUCUGGGCUGUUUAAUUCGCAAUUGUGAACGGCUGAUUCUUCCCUACAUCGCUCCAAUUCACAAGGUCUGUUGUUUGUUUGCUUGUUCUGAUGUGAAUAUUUUCUUAGACAAUUCUCUCUUUAGGUGCUUGUGGCGAAACUAUGUGAAGGAAGUGGUGCGAGUGCAAACAAUGGUGUCAUGACCGGUGUGCUGGCCACUGUCGGAGAUCUUGCAAGAGUGGUAUGCCUUCAGUCCCUUUCCUAAUUGAGCUUGCAUUUGUUUCAUUAUUUGUCUGAAUCGAUUAUUUGUCUGAAUCGGCAAUUCAUUUGAUGAAAAAUAGUUUCCUUUUAUAGACUAAAAUGACAGUACCCUGAAUUAUAGAUUUUUAUUCAGUCAGUUUAUUUCUGCAUUUUUGAAGUCGUCAAUAUUAUCAGUUUUCCCAUUAUCUUUUCCAAUUUCGGUUUUAUUCCGCUUUAAGUGUCUUUUAUGAGAGAACGAAUAUGUGAUUUGCUGAGAUAUUGGUUUUUAAUGACGUAUCUGUUCAAUUUAUGAAAUAUGUUAGAGUCUUAUAUAAAAAUAGUCUCAUUAGGCUUUUUUUAUUAGUUCUAGAUCCUUAUCAGGUUACUCUAUUUUUAUUUAGGUUUCUGACUGGGCAUGCUGUUGUCCGGAUUUUUGUAGGCCUGGAACCCAUAUUCUCAUUUUUGAGAUAGGCAAUGGCAAUGACGCUGUUUAGGCAUUUUUUUCAAUUUCAUUAAUUUCCAAUAGCAUCUGAUUCGUUUUAUUUUUCAUAUGACGUAAAUAUGGGCAUGCUUAACUUCCCGUUUUUCUGUAGUGGGAGUCUGCACGCAUGUACCUCAUUUUGCCAUCAGUUCAUUCCCUCAUAGUUGUGAAUCAAAUUUUGAGCAAACAAUGUCCCCCUUGGAGAGAAACGUGUUCCAUGUCUGAUGUAUUUAUUCAUUUUGAGUUCACAGGGCGGUUUUGAAAUGAGACCUUAUCUGGGUGAGCUAGUGCCGCUGAUUGUUGAAGCUCUCAUGGAUGGAUCUUCAGUUAUCAAACGGGAAGUAGCUGUGGCUACUCUUGGAGAAGUUGUUCAGAGUACAGGGUACUUAUACACAUAUCUAGCUGUUAUUUUUUGUUUUUCUUUGUAAUCUUGAAGGGUAACAUUGUAUUUGGAAAGCACAGUUCCAUACGCGUAUGUGUACCAGCUGCUAUACAUUUGAUAAAGGAUUUAGAUUUUUUCCACCGUUUUUCAUGCGUUUUCAUGUAUAAACAAUCAAUUUUUGUGAUGUCUUAUGGUUAAGUUAGACGAUAACAUUUUUUACUCUUGUUCACCUUAAUCAAAAUAACAAUCGUUCUGACUGCUUAGUCCUCUAUAUUAGGUGGAAUGUUGAUUCAUUUAAGUUGAUUCGAAUUUUGGUAGUGGAUUUAAUCCUUCUCUUUUUAUGUAGGAUCUUGUCAAGUGACACUGUGUCCAGUGUUUGUGCUCGUUGAGAUGCUUUAUUUUUGUGUUUUUCCACCUUCGUUAGCUAUUUAACUGAUCACCUGAUUUUCUCUUUAUUGCUCCUUUAUAUUGAUCCAUCUGUAAUGAUGACUGUGAAGGAUCUAAUGCGUGCUAAAUGAUGACCUUUCAGCUACGUUAUUGCCCCUUACAAUGAGUUUCCACAGUUGCUUGGUUUGUUGUUAAAGUUGCUUAAUGGUGAGUUGGCGUGGUCCACUAGGAGAGAAGUUCUGAAGGUAAAUAUAUUGCUGAAAUUGAUGACAACUAUUUUCUCUUCAUAUGUUUGUUUCUUGAGAUGUUUUUUCUUUCCUAGGUUCUGGGGAUAAUGGGUGCAUUAGAUCCACAUGUUCAUAAACGCAACCAGCAGAAUUUGCCAGGAUCCCAUGGGGAAGUGGCUCGUGUUGUGAGUGACUCUGGUCAACAUAUUCGAUCUCUGGAUGAGCUGCCUACAGAUUUAUUGCCUUCUUUUUCAACAUCAGAGGAUUAUUAUUCUACGGUACUCAUAUUAGAAAAUAAAUGUAUUUUUUUCAGUUUGUUAUGGGGUACUACUACUUAUGACGAUCUGAUUUUCUUUAUGUUAUCUGUACAUUAGGUAGCAAUUAGUUCCUUGAUGCGUAUUCUUCGUGAUCCAUCAUUGUCAAGUUACCAUCAAAAGGUUGUUGGCUCUUUGAUGUUCAUAUUCAAGGUGAGCAUUCGUACAAAGUGAAAGAGUAAAUUAAAAAAAAAGGGUUAAAGCACAUAUUCUGACUUAGCCUAUUUUUGUUCAUGUAGUCAAUGGGCCUCGGUUGUGUUCCUUACUUGCCCAAGGUAAAGUCGUCGAGCAAUGGCCUAGCGAGAGGUGUCACAAAAGUCACUUGGAUAUUUUUUUCGUACUCAUUAACUUUUAUUUCUGUACUUGCUAAGAUGUAUAAAUCAUCAGUUAGCUUCAUCUGCGAGUUCGUGUUUUAUUUCAGUUCCAUAUUUCUGGAUGUUGCAACUGAAGCAGAGUGGACGUUCUCUUUACUAGGUUUUGCCUGUGGUUCAGUGUUCUUGUUAAUAACAUUUUUUCUGAAAUAACUGUUGACUCGUUAUAGAGGAUUACUGAAUAUUUAAAAACAUUCAAACUGAUUACCAUUUGACAUAUGAGGAGGAUACAACCAAUUUCUGGACCUUCCUUAGGUUGAGGCGAGUGAUGACUGCUCAAUGAGUAUUUGUUGAGAUGAACAUAAUGAUCAGAUUGCUCAAUGAGUAUUUGGUGAGCAAGUAUAGUUGUUGUUCAUUGAAGAUUGAAUUGCAGUCUGAUGAAUUAAACUUUAGUUUUUCUUGGCUUUUGACGAUGGAGGAUGCAGUGUUUAUUGAAUGAUUCAAUUAGAAUGAAUAUUUUUUCAUGUAGAAGCAAAUUUUCUAAUGUAAUGUGUCCAGGGAAAUAUUUUCCGACUUGUGAGAGGAUUUAGAUUUAUUAUCCAGAUGCUAGGAGCUGAUGCAUCAUUAAAGGCCUGCAUACCGCAUUAAUGUGUUACAGAGGUUAUUUUUCAGCAAUGUAAAGUAAGAUCUGUGAUUCAUGAGAUAUCCACGUGUUCAUGGAGAAUUGUGGAAAUUCGUACCCCUUCCUUUCAGGAAGAAAAUGUCAUAAGUUACUAUAGGCGCAUACCUGUAUACAAGUUGGUGGAAAUGGCCAUUGAAUAUUUCAGCAUAAUUUAAUGAACUUAAGAGAUAGUAGGGGUAUACACCAAUACAUAAUUGGGCUAAAGGAGGAGAGAUGGAGAGAGGAAGUGUAAUCUUUUGGUUUCAUAUCUUUUUCAUAUUUCUGGCAUCUUUCCAGAAGUAAAGGGCAUGGCUAGUUUCGUAAUGUUCUUUCAUAUUCUCUCUCUGGAGCCUUCACUCUUAUUACUUGCCUGUUUUCAAUUAUGAUAGUACUAUACAUUUGGUAAACAAUGGUGCAUCUGAAUUUUUCCCUUUUUUUAUCUUAACUCAUUCUAUAAUAUGCUUUUUUUUUCAGGUUUUACCUGAUCUCCUCCAAGCAAUCUGUACAUGUGACGAUGGGUUGAAGGAGUUUAUAAUUUGGAAACUUGGAACACUAGUGUCUAUCGUGCGCCAGGUAAAUUCAGUUGAAGGUUGAUGUUAAUUUUGUGUGAGGAAAACGUAAUAUUCAAUUCAAUAAAAAUAUUCUUGUGAGUUUGUGCAAGCAUGUUGAAGCUCUGUUGAUGCAAGUUAAUGAGGUAUUAUGUCCUGAAAGUGAUUAUUAAUAUAAGCAGCGCCACUUUUUUGCAGCAUAUUCGCAAAUAUUUGCCGGAAUUGUUUUCUCUUAUUUUUGAACUAUGGUCUGCUUCCUUCUGUCUGCCAGUCACCAACCGUCCUGUACAAGGUUCACCUGUGAGUAUAACUUCUUAAUGAUAUAUGUUUUGGACCCAUGAAUGAUAGGUUGCUAAAAAACUUGGCUGAAUUGCAGGCAUGCUAUAUGGUAUGGAUUGCUGCCAGUUAUAUGAAUGUCUUAAUCAUGUUUUCCUAUUGCUAGGCUCCUGGAUCUCCUUUAGUUGGAUUUUGUGAUCAUUCCUGUGUAUAUACUGCAAUAUUGUCUUUCGCACUGUGUAUUUUGUGUUCUACUAGAAAGAACAAUGAUGGCAUAUAUUCCAAUCGUAGAUCUUCCGUUGUAUUAGUAAUUCAGGCAUGUCCGUUCCCUGUUAGUUUCAAUGUGGCUUGCUAUCAUGUUCAGGAUCUGGGUCGUGAGAAAUGGUCAACAUGCUAAGUUCUCUCAAUUUAUCUGUCAACCUUGUACUGCCUUAACUACCUUAGUCUAGAUGCAUUGAUGAAUAAACAUGUCCAGUAGUACUAUCAUAAUCAUUGGCUUCUUACGGCUUGCUGAUAACUUGCCGUGGGGACCAGAGUGAGUCCCCUCUCUGAGAUUACUUCCUUAUGGUUGGUUUCUGAUAUUCCACGUGUGAUUAGAAUUCACAUUGUCAUGCCUUUUCUGGUCACUGACUCCCACCACCCUGAUAAAAACCGAUCUGUAUUUCCUUCUGAUUGAUCACUGCAAACCUUAAAUUUUUGUGAAUGAAAAUGGUCGGUUAUCCACUUUGUGUAAAAAAUCAUCUGAAGGGAACUUUGUGGUAGGGUUUCAUCAUGACAGAAGGCAGUCAUUUGCUUUGAUCUCGAAUGAUAUGAAUUAUCUAACAUUUUUCAUAAAUUAAGUGCAUUGAUGUGUGGUAUAUGGGUUAAUGAAUUGGUUUUUAUGAUAUCAUGGUCUCUGUUAUCAUCACAUAAAAAUCUCGAAUCGAUGCUUUUCUCGCGGCAUGCUAUGUUUUCCCCCCCAUUGCUAGUAGGUUGAUGGACCAUGUCUCUUUCAUUCCGUUGAAAAUCCAUUUUACAGGAAUCGGUUCUAUAAAAGAUGGGAUCAGUAAAUAGAAAACUACUGAUAUUGUAUCUUUGUAAGAUCGUCAGUAUUGUACUGAAGUGUAGAUAUUAGGACAAUGUACUAAUAUUUGAAGCAUCGCUACUUUUACAUUAUUCAAGGAGUGUACUCCCUAAUGGGGAAAAGAAAUUUCUCUUAACAUCAAUUUUCAUAGCUGUGUGGUGGUCUGAUUGGUUGCCAUUGAAAACCUAUCCUCUGGGUUAAUAACGAGCACUAAGUUCCCGUUCAUAGGUAAAGCUGUUGUUAACCUCGUAAUGUCCGUAGUCAAGAAUGAGGAAUGACCUUCAAUGCUUCGCUCCUUCAUCCUGGCUGCUCCGGAGUUCCUGGAGGGGGUCGUGGGAGAAGCUAUGUAACCUGAGGGAAAAUACCAGCAGCAUGCUGUCCCUUAUGUCCCUUUGAAUAUAUAAUCGUCUUUUGAAACUUCUUUGGAGUAUACAUGGAUUGUUGCUACUAAUAUCCUUCGUUUCAUUCUUAUGCUAUAUAAGUUUUGAGCUGUGUUAUACUCCUAAUUGAGUAAACGACUCUUAUUUCCCAUAUAACAAAAUCCAUUUUUUUCGCAGAUUUUGCACCUUUUGGAGCAACUUUGCUUAGCUCUAAAUGAUGAAUUUAGGACUCAUUUAUCUAAAAUUCUCCCAUGCUGUAUCCAAGUAUUAAGUGAUGCUGAGCGAUGUAGUGAUUAUACCUAUGUUCCAGAUAUUCUUCAUACGCUUGAGGUGUUUGGAGGUCAGUCUUGUCAUAUUCCUUUACCUUUGAUGCAUUAAUUUUAUUAUCUGGUAUGAUAUUCUUGGCAACUUUUUGCUGAUGUAAUAUCUGAAACAAAUACAGGGAACUUGGAUGAGCACAUGCAUCUUCUUCUUCCUGCUCUCAUUCGUUUAUUUAAAGUUGAUGCUCCUGUGAAUGUUAGACGUUGUGCAAUUUAUACUUUAACGAAGUUGGUACCAUAUGUUCAGGUUCACUUUUCUUUAUGCGUUUUUUUUUUAAAAAUUCCCUUCUAUUCUUAUUUAUCUUCUUUAGAGUUUGAUUUUGCCCAUUGAAAUGUUCCAGGUCGCUGGUCAUGUUUCGUCUCUUGUUCACCACUUGAAGCUAGUACUGGAUGGGUUUGUAGCUUACGAUAUUUUUAUUUCUUUACCUGAAUGCAUAAAUUCUCUUUCCAUCUUGCAUGGUUUUGCCUUUAUAGUGAUCUUUUUUGUAGUAAUUGUCAUUGUCAUCGUCAUAAACCCAUGCUAUUUGGGAGCUCUCUCGGUGAUCACAACAUAAUGCGACAUCUUAUAUGCUAUGUCACUAUUGUUGAUUAUAAUUUUGAUCACUAUUGUUGCAUCUGGAUGAGGCUUCUUUUUCAUUACAUUAGUUUAAUGUUGGAGGCGGUGGCAGGGGAUCUCGUAUUGGGAGAGUGGAUUGAAUGACAUCAUUAAAUUGAUGCGCGCACUGUUUAGAGGGAAGGACCUGUUUUGGAAAUAUUUCCAAAAUACUUUCAAACUUACCUUUGUCACCUGUUUAACUUCGAAAUCCAACCAUAUCAUUGAAGAGAACGUAGUAAUGAGGAAUUUAAUGAUCAAGAAAUAUGACAGUUUUAAUUCCGUUUGUCACUGGCUGACUUUUUUGAAUUUCAUCUUCUAGGUAUAUUAUAUCAAAAAUUCUGCAGAAAUAAAAGAAAAAAUCACUAUUUCCCAUUUGGUCAUUCCAGGAACAAUGAUGAGUUACGGAAGGACGCUGCAGAUGCUCUUUGUUUUAUGGCUCAUGCUCUUUGGGAGGACUUCAUGAUUUUUAUACCAUCAAUCCGGAAAUUAAUCACAAAACACCGAUUACGGGUCUCAUCCCUUUAUCAUUCCAUCUGUUUUUUGAUAAUUUUUUAUGAUUUAUGAUGUCUCACAAUAUUUGUUUUCCCAGCAGAAUGAUUUUGAUGUGAUUGAAAAUCGCAUGAAAAGACGUGAUUCACCUGUUUUGGAGAACAUGACUGUUCAAAAGUUUUAUCGGCAUGUGCCUCCUGAGGUCAUCAGUAACCCUGUGAAUGAUGUAGAUUUUGAUCCUUAUGAAGAAGGAUCUGAGAUGCACGGGAAAAUGAAAAGUCAUCAAGUAAUCUCCUUUGAUGCUUAGCAACUCUCUUCAACAGUUCCCAUACUUGAGAGUGAUGUUUCUUGUUUUUUUAUUUGUGCUGUUUAUUUUUAGCUUCUUGGUACUUCUACAGAGGUUUGUCUUUCGAUUUCAGUUUAUUCGUUAUUUGUUGUUUUGUAUAUGAAAUAAGCUUUUUGCUACAUUUGGCUCGAUGUACCUAAAGAUCAGGCAAUUAGACCGUCAAAGAUACUGGCUUCUUUUUGCUCUUUUUCCCUUGCACUGGUUUUGUGUGCAUUACCUGGCUCCUCUCUGUGUAUGGGUAUUAAGCACCAGUUGGUUGCGGUUUUUCUUAUGUUGUAUGCUUGUACAAGACGAUGCCAUUGCUACGCUGUUAUUAGUUGUUCAACCAUGAAAUCAUUGAGGUUUUAAAUAAGCGAAAAUUUUCAGGCGAGUAUUUUUUUUCUAUCAAUAUGAAAACCCACUUUUUGGAUAUCAUUGGUUGUGUGCAAGAUUUGAUUUCAAACUUGAAGGAAUUAAAGUAGGGUGAGUGUAUGCAGCCACAAUAAAACAUUGUUGUGGAAAUUGUCACUUUUUUUAAAAAAAUUGUGAGACGAUGGCUCUUAAAUGAAGUUUAAAAGAAUGAAAAGAACCUUGCUUUCAGUGUCAUUCAUGAUUUUGUGUUGAGAUGUGCAUGAAAACACGGAUCGUCCUAAUGUCUUGUACAAUAAACUCUGUACGUAGCAUGGCUGCUUUUACAUCAUAUUGAACCUUUCAAUAUUUUGAGGUAGGCUAGUUCUCCGAUUUACUCCUUGUUGAACCCUUGAAUGUUCUGAGGUAUGCCAAUUCUCCUUUUGACUCAUGUUCACCAAUUCUAUGAUUUAUCUUUCACAGGUCACAAAUUAUGUAAUUCGAUAUCUUUGGGAGUUAUGAACACGUAAUAUCUGAUAAUGUGUAUUUGGACCCUAAUUUUAAUCUGCGAGAUUUAUUUGGGUAUCAUUACCGGCUGUAUUUGGGGGCAUGCCCUUGGUUGAACGUUAGUAGUAUUUAUAUCUUCACAUCAUUGUGCCCUGGUAAGUUGCCACGUUCUGUACUCUAAUUUUCUUGUUGUGUUUUGCCCUUCUUUCGUUCUUAUAGGUCAAUGAUGGUCGCCUAAGGACUGCAGGAGAAGCUUCUCAACGGAGUACGAAGGAAGAUUGGGCAGAAUGGAUGAGACAUUUUAGUAUUGAGCUUCUUAAAGAAUCCCCUUCUCCAGCAUUACGCAUGUGUGCCAGGCUUGCCCAGUUACAGGUCUUGAUCUUUGCCUGAUCUUUCCUAUGUUGUGACUUCAAGCUGCUGACAUAAACUUUCUUUAGCCUUUUGUUGGGCGACAAUUAUUUGCUGCUGGUUUUGUAAGUUGCUGGAUGGAGCUGAAUGAAACAUCCCAGCAGCAACUGGUACGGAAUCUCGAGCAGGCAUUCUCCUCUGCAAAUAUAACUCCAGAAAUUCUUGCAACCCUCUUAAACUUGGUAAUGUUUUCUUGUUUUUCAGCCUCUAGUUCUUUGAAAAAAUUCUUAGGAGGCAUGGAAGUAAUGCUUCACUUUGUUGGUUAUGUUGAUAUCUCCAGGCAGAGUUUAUGGAACACUAUGAGAAGCCACUUCCUAUAGACAUACGCCUUCUUGGUGCCCUUGCAGAGAAGGUUGUUUUUGGACGUGCUUUAAUUUAUUUAAUGAUUUUAUUUUCGCCUAAAAUAGUUUUUUGUGUGCGUAUAACACUGCAUGUCUUAAUUGUAUUGACAUCCACAUUAUUUUAAUUUCUAGUGCCGAGCAUUUGCAAAGGCGCUCCAUUACAAAGAAAUGGAAUUUGAAGGUGCUUGCUCUAAGAAAAUGGAGGGCAAUCCUGUUGCUGCUGUAGAAGCUCUUAUACACAUAAAUAAUCAGUUACACCAGCACGAGGUAUGUUGUUUUCAUUCCUUCAUUCAGGUUGGCCUAUAUUAUGUCUCUGGGAAUUUGUUGACAUCUGUUACGUACUAUGUCCAGUUUAAUAUCCAUUUAAAUUUAUUAUCUUUCAUUUAUUUUACAGGCAGCUGUUGGAAUUCUGACUUAUUCACAACAACAUUUAGAUGUUCAACUGAAGGAAUCUUGGUGUGUAUAGCACCUGUCCAAUAUUGUCCGAUUUUUUUCCAUUCAUUUUUAGUGGUUUUUAUUCAAAGUAAUGUUAAUUAUGUACAGUUUGUCUAGUUACCUAUUUUUAUGAAUCAGUUUAGGCACGUUUUAUAUAUCAUCCAUAUUUUUCUCGAUGCCCAGCCGUUUAACAGUGUGUAUUUUUUAGGUAUGAAAAGCUGCAGCGAUGGGAUGAUGCUCUCAAGGCAUAUACAUUGAAGGCCAGUCAGGCAACGAGUUCUCAUCUCAUCUUAGAAGCUACUUUAGGUUAGUGUUUUUUUGGGUCGCGAUUAAGUUUGAUUCAUCCGAAUAUUUGUUGUUUGACUUCUUCAACCAUGACGCUGAAUUAUUACUGUUUAUUUCAUAUUUCGAAGGAAUAAUCGCAAUAUGUAUCAAUGGUUAGUCUGAUAUCUCAUUCUGCCUACCUAGUGAUUUUAUUAGAUCCCUCAUGUUAUAAUUGGCACACAGGUAAGAUGUUAAGCAUCUAAGAAACCAAUGACUAUUUUAAGUUAUCGCAAUAUGUAUCAAUGUUUUGAGUUAUGGAAAAUUAUCGAUGUGACACUAUUUUAAUAUUUUUAAUCACAAAUAAUUCUAACCUGUCACUUUGAGUUUUCACAAUGAUGUUUCCUUUUCAUGAUAUUGCGUCUGAAAAUUUUAUAUCAUACUACAAAUCUCGAUAUAGUUCUCAUAUUGUAUAUACUAAUAGGUGAAGACUGGUUUUACUUUUGAUGCUUAGCCUUGUUCUUAUUUUUAUGUUUCUGUAGGCCGUAUGCGCUGCCUUGCUGCAUUGGCUCGCUGGGAAGAACUUAACAACCUUUGCAAACAAUACUGGACUCCUGCAGAGCCAUCAGCUCGACUGGAAAUGGCACCUAUGGUCUGUGUCAAACCUUCCUGUUGUUUCUUGCCAAUCCAUUUGCUUCUCCAUAAUGUUAUUUUGUUUUACUUUAUGACAUUAGGCUGCAAGUGCUGCAUGGAAUAUGGGAGAAUGGGAUCAGAUGGCUGAAUAUGUUUCUAGAUUAGAUGAUGGUGAUGAGAACAAACUUCGAAUUUUGGGCAAUGCAUCAGCUGGUGGUGACGGAAGUAGUAAUGGUUCCUUCUUCAGAGCCGUUUUAUUAGUUCGUCGUGGCAAGGUAAUUAUGUAUCUCUUGUCGUAUGUAUUUGUUAAUUUUGUAUAAAUUGCGACGUGUAAGAUUGUCUAUUUUUUUUCAGUAUGAAGAUGCACGUGUAUAUGUAGAAAGAGCAAGGAAGUGUCUGGCAACAGAGCUAGCAGCAUUGGUUUGUUUAGUGGCACUCUAGUGACUCGAUUAUUAAUAUUAAUUCUUCUGUCGGUAAAGGCUGAUAGUCAUUAUCAUCCUGGGCUUUACACUGUUUAUUUGUCUUUCAUUAUGGCAUGACUAUUUACUUUUGGACAUUUUAUUUUUACCUCAAACAUCGUGCAGUCCUGGGUUGGAAGAAGGGUUCGGCAUUUAUCUUUCUUUUCUCAGUUUUAUGUAUGGGAAAAUUUUAAUUGCCUUCUUAUCUUUUUCCCGAACUUGAGGAUUUUUUUUUAUCGUUUGAUUCUGCUCAUUUAUUCAUUGGAUUCUUCUUUCAAGAGAGAGUGGAGUUUUCAGUUAAUUCUUUCAUUCAUUUUACCGUCUCUUUUGCUGGCGUCUAUGAGGUGGAUCAUGUCCAUGCCUUUAUAUGAAAUCUUGUGGACGUUUAUCUUCUCCCGAGUUAAUAUCUGUUUUGUCUAGGUACUUGAAAGUUAUGAGCGUGCUUAUAGCAACAUGGUCCGCAUUCAGCAGCUUUCAGAGUUAGAGGAGGUCAAUUUCGUUCUGUAUCUUUCAAAUGCCAUUUCUUAUUCGCUUUUCACUAUAUAGAGCACUCCUGCAAACACCAAUUUAUUUUCCGUUACAACAUUACAGGUGAUUGACUAUUGCACACUUCCAGUGGGAAGCUCUGUUGCUGAUGAUCGGAGAAAACUAAUCCGAAAUAUGUGGACAGAUAGGAUAAGGGGGACAAAGAGAAAUGUUGAGGUGUUCAACUUUUUCUUAUGACGAUUACUUAAGAGAAUAAGUCCAAAAUUGGGACAUUGUUUUCUAUUAUAAUUAUUUUUUCAUUUCUGUUGUUUUGGUUAUAGCAGUUGAUCUCACUGGGUCUUAUUAUUCAUACCGCAUUCCAAAGUUUUCUAUUGGAGCCUAUUUUUUGUCAAUGUUUUCACACUAAAAGUUUUGUAGGUCUGGCAAGCACUUCUUGUAGUGAGAACUCUGGUGCUUCCGCCCACCGAUGAUGUUGAAACAUGGCUAAAAUUUGCUUCUCUCUGCCGAAAGAGUGGUCGUAUCAGUCAGGCUAGAUCUACUUUGGUAAAGUUGCUUCAGGUGAGUCUUGUGCAGGACACUAUAGUUCCGUUGCAAAAUAUUUCUCUCCAUGUGUAUGAGGUCUGUUUUUCGUUCAUGCACAGUAUGAUCCCGAAUCAUGCUCAGAAGCCUUUUUGUACAAUGGACCUCCUCAAGUCAUGUUGGCCUACCUCAAAUAUCAGUGGUCUCUUGGUGAGGAUACCAAGCGAAAGGAAGCUUUUUGUAGAUUACAGGUACAUUGUAUUAUUUUACAGUUGUGGACUGCGUAUUUAUCAACUUUUUCCAAAAUUUAUCUCCAGUACCGUCUGACUGACAUCAAUGAUCUUCAGGAUUUAUCGUUACAGCUUGCUGCUUCAGCUGAUUUCUACUCAGGAAAUCCAUCCGGACCCAGCAUAUCGGGUGCAGAUGCCCCCCUUCUUGCUCGUGUCUAUUUAAAACUUGGAACCUGGCAAUGGACACUUUCUCCUGGGUUGGAUGAUGGUUCUAUAGAAGGUAGGAAAUAUGUAUUUGGGUGUUCACAUGCUUCUUACUCUGGGUAUUUAUGUGCUAUCCGUACUUGACUGACAUAUUUUUUACAUUACAGAAAUCCUUGGAUCACUGGAAAAGGCCACUAAGAAUGCUCGACAUUGGGGAAAGGCUUGGCAUACCUGGGCCUUGUUUAACACUGCAGCAAUGUCUCAUUACGCCUUCAGGUGUAAUUCCAUUUCAGGGCAGUAUGUCGUUGCUGCUGUGACCGGAUAUUUUUUCUCAAUUUCCUGUGCUGCUACUUCCAAGGGUGUUGAUGACUCGCUUCAGGUAAGCUGCUCACAUUCAUUAGUUUUUUAUAAUCUCAGCAAGAUUGCCCUAUUAAAGUGUAUCUUCGAAUUGGAGAUGCACACAUUUAUCGCCAAUGGUAUCAGCUUGUCUGUUGAAACAAUGGAAAUUUUAGUAAAUAUAAAGGAAUAAUAGAACAUGAAGUUUGGGUGAGAGUUUUUGGGAUACGCUUGUGCUCACAUUCAUUUUCAUUUACCUAUUUUCCCUUUUGCUCAUUUGCAUAUUGAUGACAUUUAUGAAUAUUGAGACAAGCAUCUGGGUGUUCAUGCACGCAUUUGCCUUCACAUUCAGCCAAAUUGCCAUUCGCAAAAUGUGUAGCAUGUCUGAAUACGGAUACUGAUUCGCAUUUGCACAUUGCAAUGCAAACACCGCCCUGCUCAUGUUGACAGCCGGGAUGCCUUGGGUACUAGGACCACUACAAUUUGUACGGUAUUGUCGUUUUAAUUUAUACUAACAGUGCAAAUUGCGUGAUUUCAUUUAUCUACUGUGUCAGAUAUAGUCUGAUAUUGAGACGUUAAGUUAAUCAAUAUUAUCUUAUAUUUUGCCCGAAAGGUCAUUUAGGCAUCAUUUGUCUGCUGAUUUUGUGCCCAAAUAGCCUGAUGUUGGUUUGAUCGCAACCUCCUCGUGCUCUCUUAUUUCCAGUCUUUGGAGGUUCCUUAUGAAUUACCCCAGAAUUCGUUCUCAUGUUUGACUUCGAGUCGUGGGAAAAUCUGACUAAAUCUUCCAUUCAUCUCUAUAACAUUGAUCUUAAAUGUAUCUGAAGAAAACUUUUGUUCAUUGGAAGAUCUAUGACCACUCUUAUCUCUCACAGAGGUUGACAAAUUCUCCUUUUCAGGAUAUUCUUCGUCUUUUGACAUUAUGGUUCAAUUAUGGGGCAACAUCUGAGGUUCAAAGGGCUCUCCAGGAAGGAUUUUCGCGCGUCAAUAUUGACACUUGGCUUGUUGUCUUGCCUCAAAUAAUUGCUCGGAUACACUCAAAUACCAAAGCAGUGAGGGAACUGAUACAGUCAUUACUGGUUCGCAUAGGGAAGAAGCAUCCACAGGUUUGAUUGUAACGCAAACUGCAAAACAACGUGAUGCUUUAAGCACGGUUUAUCAAUUUUUUUGUUCAUGUAUAUACAUAUGCUAUUCUUUGGUGAGUAUGUUGCGCCAAUCUGCACGCAGGGUUGCUGUGAUGUAGAAGCGACUCUAUUCACUAGGUGUCAGAUGGGUGAAAUGAUACUUUCUAGUACGAACCUGAAACUUGGGUAAAUCGUUGGUUUUGAAACUCAGGCAUUUCAUUUCGCGGAGAUUUUCAUGCCUUGCUCAGUGUUAAGAUGAGAGUUCCCUGAAACUUUCAGGUGCUUUACAACCUGAACUCUAAUCUUAUUCGACACAUGAUCACCAUUGCAUGACAAGACAACCUAUAUCUUUGUUUCAAGUAACUGUAACUGAUAUGUUGUAAAAGACGACGUACGUUUGCUUAUUUUGGUGAUGCUCAAUAGCAACGACUCAGAUUAAAGAUUAUUGAAUGUGAUGCUGCAGAGGUUGAUCCAUUUCUCCAGAUAGAAGAUUUGAUUGGGUAUAGAGGAAGAAAAGGUUUUCUUCCAAAAUGCUGAAGCGAUUUAUUUUAAUUCCUUAGUGCAUGACAUACAGGAUAUAAGCUAUUGUGGCCAUAUGUAUUAUUUAAGUAUUGCUAACAGGGGACGUUUAACUGCAUUUUCAUGAAAUGGAAUGAUCGAAGGACCCUAUUCUCUACUUCCCUCACAAAGUCUUCACUGGCGUGGUCACAGAAUUUCUGGUGAUGAUGAAUGCUAGGGAUGUGAUGAGAUUUCCUUUUUGUAUUUCUUUGAAUUGUUAUCUGCAAUAAACCAAGAGUCAAGUGCUCUUAAGUUACAUUCAAAUUUUUACUCAUCUUCACUACAAUAGAUCCGAAGAAGACCCGGUUGAGUGGCAAUUGUCAACAUAGAUUCCGUUGGAGUGUCUCCUUUCUGAUGAUACCUUUGCACCAUGAUGCCGUGGUGCAAAGGUUCUGAUGAUACCUUUGCAACAUCUUAUUUUAUAUAUUUUCUUUUCAGGCUCUGAUGUACCCUCUUCUAGUUGCGUGCAAGUCCAUUAGCUUAUUGCGCCGAGCGGCUGCUCAGGAGGUUGUUGAUAAAGUUCGCCAGCAUAGUGGCGUACUCGUUGAUCAGGUGAUGAUUAACUGAUGGUAGGUUCUAUUGGAUUUACUCAUCUAAUUUUAAUCAUAUAUAUUUUUAUUUUUCAGGCACAACUUGUAUCUAAGGAAUUAAUCAGGGUUGCUAUACUAUGGCAUGAGAUGUGGCAUGAAGGUUUGGAUGAAGCUAGUCGCUUGUACUUUGGUGAGCGUAACAUUGAGGGAAUGCUGGCUGUGUUGGAACCAUUACAUGCUAUGCUUGACGAUGGGGUUGAAACAUCGAUGGAGACAGCUUUUAUUCAGGUAUCUGACAUUCCUUGUGAGGUGUUAUUAAUUUUAUGGUUCAGUACUUCAAGCUGAGAGCUUUGACUGUUGGUUAUCUUGUAUUGUGUGACCUUUAUCAUUAAUAUAUCAUGCGCUUGAAGAAUAUAUCUUUUACUUGUUGUUAGAAGGUGGUUGUAACUAUAUUUCUGUUCAUUCACUUGGCUUAAUAUCUUAUAUUAGGAGAACGAUGGCCUAAUCUUGUGUCAAACGAAGCUUCGUUGGUGCUCAUUUGAUAUUAGGACUCAUAAAGCAGAAAUAACAAGUUAGAUCGUACUGAUUUACGCACUUCAUACCAGUUCAGUCUGACUUAUACAAGUUUAUGUUCUAAUUUCUUUGUUUUUAAAACUUUCUUUCAAUAGCUUAUAAUUAGAAAAAUAUGCUGAUUCUGAUGCAUAUUUGAUAUCAUUACUUUUAAUAUACCAACUGUACUCACGAGUUGUACUAAGUUUUACCUAGUCAAUAGAUCACAAGGGCCAACUAAGAAUAAUAUCUAUCACUUUUCCCCAAUCAUCUUGAAAGUACUGGUCUUUGUGUUACAAAGACAAUCGUUUGUCAACUUUAUACGCAUGUAUUCGAAGUAUUUGUCGUUUCACCACUUUAAUUUCAUUAGAUUGUGCAGGAUUUACAGACGUCGUUUUUUAUCUUGGACUAUCGUUCUUAUUUUUCGUUAGCUUCUGGGCGGUAUCUUAUGAACAUGAAAGCAGUUGCCGAUUUUUGUGUUUUUCUUGUUCAUUUUGAUUACGCAUUACAUUCUAUACUUGUUUUACUAAAUCUUUUGCUUGGUCAUGCUUUAUUGUUAGUUUCCUGUGGAGGCUAGCAUGUGUACAGACUAAGUUAUGCAAAUGAAAGAGUUCAAUUAAUGUGAUGGCUCAAGUUAGGGAGGUACCCAAAUAUAGGUAAAAGUAGAAAGCAAGAUAUCUUAAAUUUUUGUUCCUCUUUUUGGCCAUUUAGUUAAUCUAUGCACGAUAUGUUCUGUAGCACAUUAAUGGAAUGAAAGAAAAGGAAAUAGAACUAGAAAAUGGAAGAGGAAAAUAAUUUUGACAUAUGAGUCGUUUGUCUUUUAACUUUCACUAGUAUAUAGCUAAUGAUGCCACUUCCUUUUGUAAGAUAAAUCAUGCUUAAAUCUCUGUCCACGUAACAGUUGUUUUACAGUGAAAGCAUUCUGGUAGUUCAUUGUGGGUUUUUAUAGAAAUGUAUUUAUCAUAACAGGCUUAUGGUCAUGAAUUGCAAGAAGCCCACGAGUGCUGUUUAAAGUAUAAGAGCACUGGAAAGGAUGCUGAGCUUACCCAGGUAUUUUUGUAAUUUUUUCUAUUUAUAAUGUGAAAUUGUGCCUCUGUAUUAUAACCUUUUUAUUUCCAGGAUAAAAUGAGAUUUUCUAAACUAAUCUAUUACUUGUGGAAUCAGGCUUGGGAUUUGUAUUAUCAUGUUUUCAAACGCAUUGAUAAGCAACUGCCUAGUCUUACUACCCUCGACUUACAGGCAAGAUUUUCUUGUGUUAUUUGGCCUGUCCUAGCUCAACUAGCCAUCUGCUUACUCCUUUGUUGAUGCAGUCUGUUUCAUUAAAGUUGCUCAAUUGUCAAGAUUUGGAGCUCGCAGUUCCUGGAACAUACCGUGCAGGUGCCCAUUUUCACAUCAAAGUUUAGUUCGUCUCCCUUUUUUUUUUUAUGGAACUAAGAUCUUACAAUCUGCCCUUGGUUUUUCAGAUGGGACACUGGUGACAAUUGCUUCAUUCGCUCCACAGCUUGUUGUCAUUACAUCAAAGCAACGGCCUCGGAAAUUGACAAUUCAUGGAAGUGAUGGAGAAGAAUAUACUUUCUUAUUGAAGGGUCAUGAAGAUUUGAGGCAAGAUGAGCGUGUCAUGCAGGUAGAUAGUCGUUACGUUGAUAGUUCAUUCACUAUUAGUCCUAAUAGUUUGUUUCAGUAACUUCUGGAGACCAUCAAGAUAAGUUUGUAUUCUUUUCUUUUAUUUGUUAUCAUGUUUCAUAAUGCGUUCGCUUAUUGAAAAUAAAUCUUGUUUGCCUUCUACAUUUGAAAAAAGUAGUUUUAAUUUUGGAAUUUCUUUUUUUCCUUAUCUUAUUUGUGGAAGACAUCGUGCUUUUAUGCCGUUUUUAUAUUAUAACACGUAAUUUAUUCCUUGGGUUAUACUGUAGAAGUAUUUCUGGCAUCAGCCAUGAUCCUAUGAUAUGGAUUGAUAGUGCUUUGUUAUUUUUUUGGGAUUUAACGUGUUUAACUUCACUGAAGAAUUGGGAUUUAUUUUCUUCGCAGAAUAUUUGUUUACUUUGCCAAAAAACUUAUCUUCAAAUAAAUAAUUCCUUCCUGCACAAGGAAAUAUUUUCUGGUUGAAAAUAUGUUCUGUUUUAAAAGGGAUGUUGCUGGAGAUUCAUUUAAGAAAUAAAAUAGGGCUUUGUACGUGUAUUGUCCCGUAGGCUCUCAAAACCCUUUUUUCAUCAGCUAUGGCCUACACCAUAUUGUAGGCUACUGGACGAUGAAAAUCAAGGUAGAAGAUAAAUCAUGUCUUGAAUCCAAAGGCACGAAAUUCCUCAAUCCUUGAGUUCACAAGAAUUCAUUUUUGACAAUCCUUUAAGCCACAAGGAUUAAAAUAACGUCCCCUGAAUCCACAUAGAUUGCUCUGAUAUCACUUGAUGAAAUUGAAGUUGCAGAAGAAUGAAAAUUCGACAUUGGAGUCGACAAGGCAUAAAAUCCUCUAUCCUUGAGUCCACUAGGUUUGGUUUGGACGCUCCUUGAAUCCACAAGGAUCAGAAUGACUUCCCUUGAAUCCACAAGCAAAAAGUAAUUUGACAAAGAAUAAAAAUGGUAUCAUAGAUGCUAUGCACUAUAAGCUGCAGCGUUUAAGCCUUUAAACAGACCAAAAUAUGACCUUAAAACGCGGAUCAACUAAAGCGAAUAAAACCCUGAAAGGUUACUACUCUACAAAUUUGAGGUGUUAUUCAUGAUAAUUUUGGGCCUAGUUGCUUGAAUAUUGCGUUCAAAGUAGUUUUGGGCCUUCAAACAGUUAUGGUCCAUGUUUUUAUGCUUUUAGGCUUCCUGGGUCAUAAAUUUUUGGCCUUUCUCAUUUAUUCUAGUGGUGUCCUACAUCAACUAGUAGUUCAGCAAUCUCAAAAAUCUCAGAUUCAUCUUCUUCAAAUCAUAAAGUCUCACCUUCUCUGAUUUUCAAGAAGCCAUAAUAGUUUUUCUGCGUUUAUUAACAUUGGAUUUUCUGAUUGGCCUCGGGGGUGAGGACUUCAUGAUAUUAACAUUGUCCUCAUAAAGUCCCAAACACUUGUCCUAAUGCACUAGGUAUCUAAAUAGUCAUUGAUUCUGAAAAUGCCGUGGAAUAUGAUUGCUGGAUUUAUUCAGAUUUGUGUUAGUUGAACCUAGUGAAAAAUCUCUUACAGAAUUGCACUCGCAUUCAUCCGGGAUUUACUACCAUCAACUGUGUUUUGUUUCUACCAAGGAAUCAGUCUUUUUGUGUCUUUUAAUUUUAAUUCUGCCAGAUGGUUUUUGUGUAGAUGAGAUUUUCUAGAGUGGUUAUGUGAUAUUUUGUUAUUCUUGUGAUGUUCAUGCACAUUUGUUGGAAGAAUGGGUUCCUUUUUCUAUGGAAAGAUUGUUUAAGCUAACCUUUUCUCCUCAGCUUUUCGGUCUGGUGAAUACUCUCCUUGAGAACUCAAGAAAAACUGCAGAGAAGGAUCUCUCAAUCCAGCGUUAUGCAGUCAUUCCCUUGUCACCGAAUAGUGGUUUAAUCGGGUGGGUUCCAAAUUGUGACACUCUUCACCAUCUAAUAAGGGAAUAUCGGGAGACUCGGAAGGUACGUUUCAUUUCUCAUGUAUUUAUUAUUUUUUCUUUUUACAAUGUUGCCAUCUCAACCUUUUUUUGGUGGUUUUAGAUUUUUGUGAAUCAAGAACUGAGGAUUAUGCAAGCUUUUGCGCCAGAUUAUGACCGAUUGCCACUCAUAGGUAAAGUUGAAGCAUUUGAGCAUGCACUACAGAGUACAGAAGGAAAUGACUUAGCAAGGGUAAAUUCUGAACAUGACCUAAUUGUAUACGUCUACGUUUAACUGUUCAUCCCUGUGUAAUUCCUUCCUGAGUUUGCUUUGGCGGGAUCCUAGGUUCUCUGGCUGAAAAGUAGAACAUCUGAAGUUUGGCUUGAUCGUCGAACAAAUUAUACAAGAAGUUUAGCUGUCAUGAGCAUGGUAUUGACGCUUCACCUCUUCAAGUUUGUAAACUUGUUUUGUUGACUUUCUUUUUCACUUUUGAUUUGGUGCUUCUGUUUCAGGUUGGAUACCUUCUUGGAUUGGGGGAUCGACACCCCAGUAACCUCAUGCUUCACCGUUACAGGUACCAUAUUUUGUUAGUUCUCUCUUAAGAAUGUUGCGCACCGGAUAUGGAAGCACGUUGCGUGUAAUUUUGGUAACCUUUUUAUUUUCAGUGGAAAAAUCCUGCACAUUGAUUUUGGAGAUUGUUUUGAGGCUUCAAUGAAUCGAGAGAAGUUUCCUGAGAAAGUAUGUGAUCCGCCUAUCUAAUAUUGCUGUAAAUUUAACCAUUAUCACAGUGCACCCCGCUUAAAAGCGGUCGAAUUCUUGAACAGGUUCCAUUUCGCUUGACAAGGAUGCUCGUGAAAGCCAUGGAGGUCAGUGGAAUUGAAGGCAAUUUCAGGUCAACCUGUGAAAAUGUGAUGCAAGUCCUUCGAACAAAUAAAGACAGUGUUAUGGCCAUGAUGGAGGUAAUGAGGGGAACUUUGUUUACCUGCUGCGCCUUAUCAUGCAGAGGAUGUUUGGUUGCACAAUUGGGCUAACACAGUUUUCUCUAUCUCUUUUUGCCUCGUGGAAUUCUUCUUCACAUGUUCCAUUCUUCCUUUCAGGCCUUCGUGCAUGAUCCUCUUAUAAAUUGGCGGCUUUUCAAUUUUAACGAGGUUCCUCAAACGUCAAAUUUUGGGAAUGCUCAUAUGCAUCCAGUUGCGGACAGUGACGAAUCUGUGCCCUCUAGGGAUCUUGCUCAGCCUCUUCGAGGUGCCAGAGAGAGGGAACUGCUCCAGGUGCUCUCUACUUGCCUCACAGUUCUCGGAUUUCAUUCUUGAUUUUUUAAAAAAUCUAUUAAGCUCAAUUUUUAAUCUGGGAUUUGCGAUUCUUUUACUGUUGGGUAUAUCCGAAGGCUGUCAACCAGCUUGGUGACGCUAAUGAGGUCCUAAAUGAACGUGCGGUGGCCGUGAUGGCUCGCAUGAGUAACAAGCUUACUGGGCGGGACUUCUCGUCGGGAUCAUCGGUAUCUGGGGUCACACGCUCUAGUCAACAGAUGGUGGAUCACAGUACCCUGAUAUCAGCAGACAUAUGUGAACUGGAUCAUGGGUUAUCUGUCAAGCUUCAAGUCCAGAAGUUAAUCACACAGGCAACCUCACAUGAGAACCUUUGCCAGAAUUAUGUCGGGUAAGUACAGAUGAGCAUCACUUCCCCCUUUUUUACGGCGAUUUUUUUUUUUUUUACUUAGAUCCAUGAAUCCGAAUUAUAUUUUUAGAAAACAUGGAAGGCAUGACGCAUCGGUGUAUAGUAAUUACAGGCACGAGGAUUUAAUUACUAGAAAUAGUGCUAGAACCGCAGAAACAGAGUUGCCCCUGGGAUUAAUUAUCUUCUCUACUAACACAUGAGGAGCUUUCCGCGAUUUUCUGCCAUGCCUUGCGGCCGAUCUUUUUGGUUGUUCUAGAUUUCGGCCACAGAGCUGAGCUUCUCUUUGGGCCGUAUUUUAUUUUCCUUGUGCCCAGAGGUGCAUCUUGAUGUUAUCCAAAGCGUUGUAUAAAUCUCAGCUAUGAAGGAGCUGUUCCUUUAGGCUGACCUCUUCUGUGCCUCUUCGUCCCAGGUGGUGCCCUUUCUGGUGA